AGGGCCCGGGCGAGGCGAGGGCCGGGCGGCGGGCGCCGGGCCCCGCGGCCGGCACGACGGAGCCCCCGCACGGCCGGCGGCAGCGGUUGGCGGCGGCCCCGGGCCCCCGGCGCGGGAAGCGGCGGCGGGGCGGCGGCGGCGGCGGCGGCGCCAUGGAGCCGCGGGAGGUGAAGGACCGGAUCCUGGAGAACAUCUCGCUGUCAGUGAAGAAGCUGCAGAGCUACUUCGCUGCGUGUGAGGAUGAGACCCCUGCCAUCCGGAACCACGACAAGGUCCUGCAGCGCCUGUGUGAGCACUUGGACCACGCGCUGCUGUACGGGCUGCAGGACCUCUCGUCGGGUUACUGGGUGCUCGUGGUGCAUUUCACCCGGAGAGAGGCCGUCAAGCAGAUUGAGGUGCUGCAGCACGUGGCCACCAACCUGGGGCGCAGCCGGGCCUGGCUGUACCUGGCCCUCAACGAGAACUCCCUGGAGAGCUACCUGCGUCUGUUCCAGGAGAACCUGGGUCUGCUGCAGAAGUACUACGUCAGGAACGCCCUGGUUUGCAGCCACGAUCACCUGACACUCUUCCUGACCUUGGUGUCUGGGCUGGAGUUCAUUCGGUUUGACCUGGAUCUGGAUGCCCCUUACCUGGACCUGGCCCCCUACAUGCCUGACUACUAUAAGCCUCAGUACCUGCUGGACUUCGAAGACCGCCUUCCCAGCUCUGUGCACGGCUCCGACAGCCUGUCCCUCAACUCCUUCAACUCCGUCACCUCCACCAACCUGGAGUGGGAUGACAGCGCCAUCGCCCCUUCUAGUGAGGAUUAUGAUUUUGGAGAUGUGUUUCCAGCAGUGCCGUCUGUACCCAGCACAGACUGGGAAGACGGAGACCUCACGGACACCGUCAGCGGCCCCCGCUCCACUGCCUCGGACCUGACCAGCAGCAAGGCGUCCACCAAGAGCCCCACCCAGCGCCACAACCCCUUCAACGAGGAGCAGGCGGAGACCGUGUCCUCCUCCGACACCACCCCCGUGCACACCAGCUCUCAGGAGAAGGGGGAGUCCCAGGCCCUGGGCCUCCUGGACGCCUGCGCGGAGCUGGAGGUCAUCAGGGUCACCAAGAAGAAGAAAACUGGCAAGAAGAAGAAAACCAGAUCGGAUGAGGAGGCCAGUCCGCUGCACCCCACCUCCAGCCAGCAGAAGUGCAGCAGGCAGCGGGACAGCACUGGCCUGGUCUGCCCAGGCCUGGGGCGGGACUCACCAGACCCUGGGGCCUCCCUCCAGGAGGAGGGAGAGGGACCCAGCAGCGCAGCCGAGAGCAGCGAGCACUCGGAGCUCGGCCAGGUGGGCUUGCUGAUCCCCGAGAUGAAGGACACCUCCAUGGACUGCCUGGGACAGCCCCUGAGCAAGGUCAUUGACCAGCUCCAUGGGCAGCUGGACCCCAGCACCUGGUCUUCCCAUGCUGAACCCCCAGACCAGUCCUUUCGGACCGGCUCUCCCGGGGAUGCCCCGGAGAAGCCGCCAUUUUGCGACUUUAGUGAGGGGCUUCCAGCCCCUAUGGACUUCUACUGCUUUACCGUCGAGAGUCCAAGCACUGUUACAUCAGGUGGCAGCGACCAUGACCCUGCAGGGACUGGCCAACCGCUGCAUGUUCCUGGUGGCCCUGCGGCUGCUGGCCAAGAAGAGGGAGGGAGAGAAGAGGGAGAGGCGCCUGGGCCGCUAGAGAACGCGCCACGGCAGGCCCAGGAGCUGGAGACCCAGGAACCGGACACCCAGUUGCCCCUUGUCAGUGAGGAGCCUGUGCCCGAGCCCGAGCCCGAGCCUAGGACACAGGAGGCUCUUUGUCAGCUCAAGCAGGACCAGCCCAGCCCGUGUCUGAGCAGCGCUGAGGACUCUGGGGUGGAUGAGGGCCAGGGGAGCCCUUCCGAGGUGACACACUCCUCUGAGUUCAGAGUGGACAACAAUCACUUGCUCCUGCUGAUGAUCCAUGUGUUUCGGGAAAAUGAAGAGCAGCUGUUCAAAAUGAUCCGGAUGAGCACUGGGCACAUGGAGGGCAAUCUGCAGCUGCUGUUCGUGCUGCUCACGGACUGCUACAUCUACCUGCUCCGGAAAGGGGCCACGGAGAAGCCAUACCUGGUGGAAGAGGCCGUUUCUUACAAUGAACUGGACUAUGUGUCGGUUGGCCUCGACCAGCAGACGGUGAGGCUGGUGUGCACCAAUCGCAGGAAGCAGUUUCUGCUGGACACAGCUGACGUGGCCUUAGCCGAGUUCUUCUUGGCCUCUCUGAAGUCAGCCAUGAUCAAAGGCUGCCGGGAACCGCCCUACCCCAGCGUCCUGACUGAUGCCACCAUGGAGAAGCUGGCACUGGCCAAGUUUGUGGCCCAGGAGUCCAAGUGCGAGGCGUCCACUGUGACCGUGUACUUCUACGGCCUCGUGCACUGGGAGGACCCCGCGGACGAGUCCCUGGGCCCCGUGCCCUGCCGCUGCUCGCCCCCCGAGGGUGCCAUCACCAAAGAGGGCAUGCUGCACUACAAGGCGGGCACCUCCUACCUGGGCCGGGAGCACUGGAAGGCCUGCUUCGUGGUGCUCAGCAACGGCAUCCUCUACCAGUACCCCGACCGCACCGACGUCACCCCCCUGCUCUCCAUCAACAUGGGGGGGGAGCAGUGCGGUGGCUGCCGGAGAUCCAACACCACGGAUCGGCCCCACGCCUUCCAGGUCAUUCUCGCCGACCGGCCCUGCCUGGAGCUGAGCGCCGACAGCGAGGCCGAGAUGGCCGGCUGGAUGCAGCACCUCUGCCAGGCGGUGUCCAAGGGGGUCACCCCCCAGGGAGCCGUGCCCAGCCCCUGUAUCCCCUGCUGCCUGGUGAUUGCGGAGGACCGCCUCUUCACGUGCCACGAGGAUUGUCAAACCAGUUUCUUCCGCUCCCUGGGCACAGCCAGGCUGGCGGACAUCAGCGCCGUCUCCACGGAGCCGGGCAAGGAGUACUGUGUCCUGGAGUUCUCCCAGGACGGCCCGCAGCCCGCCGCCCCCUGGGUCAUCUACCUGAGCUGCUCCUCUGAACUGGACCGGCUCCUGUCUGCCCUGAACUCUGGGUGGAGAGCCAUCUACCAGGUGGACCUCCCGCACAAGACCAUCCAGGAAGCCUCCAGCAGGCAGAAGUUUGAGGAUGCCCUGAGCCUCAUCCACAGCGCCUGGCAGCGAAGUGACAGCCUCUGCCGCGGCAGAGCCUCCCGGGACCCCUGGUGCUGAGCCGGGCUGGGCGCCAUCCCAGGAGGUCGGGGAAGGGGAGGCAGGCUGAGCGGCAGGCUCAGGGUCGCUGUCACAGUGCUGCUCGGGAGCCAGGUCUCCGCGCGCACGUCCUUAGCCGGCUCCUGCCCCAGGUGGCUGGAGGCGGGGUCUCUCCACUCCCAGGGAUCCAGAACGUGCCCAGCUCGCCUGGGCGUCCUGCUCAGUGGGUGGUGGCUAGAGGCUGCUGGGGACAGAGGGUCUGAACCAGGCGGGCCUCCCAGGUCAGGACCUCAGGAUGGUGACGAGAGGAACGUCCAUCUAUAGGGAAGCAGAAGGACCAGGAGGCAGGAGACCCCACCCCGGGUCAGGGGCCUGGGCAGAGGCUCAGGGCCCCCAGGUCCUGAGUGCCCAGCUACCCUUGUUCAUUUUUGAACACUCCGUGGCCGUGCAGGGCAGCUACAGCACGGUGUCUGCGCAUGCUCCUUCUCACUACCCACCCCACGCACAGCCGCCCACCUCGCAGAGCCCAGUCCGGGCCACCAGGGCGCCCUGCAUGCCGUGACCACCUCCCCCAACUUAGCAGAGCCCAUGGGACCUGGGGUCAUUCAGCUCCUUUUGCCAGGAGCAGAGAGAGGGGAGGGAGGAGAGGCUGGGAGAAGCGCAGAACCCACCACGCUCAAUCUCCCGACUGUCCCCUGCUUGACUUGGACUGGCCCUUCCAGAGUCCUGGGGAAGGGGUCGGUGGUGCGGGUUUUGUUUUUUAAAAUAAAAUAGACAUGUUAUAUUGC